UCGAACCGGAAGAUAAAUAGAAACACGUGUGACGCCCCUUGAUGAGGGAAAUCCCCUGCUGCCACAUACAUCUGAGGCCAGAGGAGGCUGAACAUUAUCAUGGCUGCUGAGUCUGAGAUGGUUGAAGACCAAAUUUUGUCUGAUGUACAUGUUACUGCAAUUCGUUCUGGUAUCUCUCGAGGAUAUGAGAAAGGAUUGCAAUCGUUAUCAAGAUUUGUUGUCAAUUACCAGGCUGGAGAGAGAAGGGAAGAAAGAAUGAAAGAAGAAAGCAAGAAGGACAGUCAGGAUGACAUCAAUGCCAUGACUGAUAUAGAUGGAGAUUUGGUAUUAACCAGGAAACACAAAGCAAAGGAUGUCAUUACUAUUGCCCAUGCAAUGCAAACCAAUCUACAAGAUGUCGGAAUGCAGGUAUGGAUGGGUUGUCUUUUGCUCUGCAAUUUCAUUCUUAACAAUUGUCCAAGAUUUGAGAAUUCAACAGUCUUAGAACUGGGAGGAGGGACAGGAUUAGCAAGUGUUGUCAUGGCAACCACUGCAAAAUAUGUUAUUUGUACAGAUACUGGAAAGGAUGUCCUAGAAAUGUGUGAGAGAAAUGUAAUUGCAAAUAAGGAUAUUUAUAAUAGAAGAGGGCAUGAACUAGAGAGACUGGUUAUAGUACGAGCUUUAGAUUGGAUGGAUUCAGACAUCCAAACAGAUGAAUCUAUUCCAUUUUCUUGGAGUCAAAAGGACCUUCAACUCCUAUCUGAUGUAGAUGUAAUUAUUGCUGCAGAUGUGGUCUACAGCAACGAUCUGACCGAUGCCUUUUUCACAAAACUUCUAACUUUAAUGAAAACAGGAAAACAAAAGACCUGUUUCAUUACUACUGAAAGAAGGUUAAAUUUCACCAUGACAGAUUUGGAUGUAACGUGUAAGGAAUAUGAUCAUUUUAGGGAAUGGUUGAAGAGAUUGGAAACCACUUCGGAUUAUCGUAUCAAACAGCUGGACUCAGACGUACCACAAUUCAUUCAGUAUCCUCAGUCAAGAUAUUUGGAGCUUUGGCAAAUCCAACAAAUUUCUUCAGCGCAUUUAGUCCCAACUUCCUGAGGGAUAUCCGACCAAGGCUAGAGGACUUGCAGCUAGGCACUUAUAGAUGCCAGGUACGUGGAACCAACACGACCAAAGCUUUCCUAUUCCUACAGAACGUGUAGUCCAUUGCCUGUGUUGCAGAGACUGCCAUCAGAAAAAAUGGAACCAUCAUGAGCACAGCUUUUUUAGACCUACAGAACAUGUAGUCCCUUGUCUAUUAUGGAGCAGAGAUUACCACCACAGGAAUUGAAUGAUCAAGACCACAACUCCUACAGAUGAUGUAGUCCAUUGCCUAUGGAUUAGUAGUUGCCACCAUAGACACUGAAUGAUCAGAUGAUACCUUUUGUCCCUUGCAUAUGAUGUGGCAGACUACCACCAUGGAAAACAUGGACAUGAAACCACCAUAUCUCAGCUUUCUCAGUCCUGCAGAACAUGUAUGUCCUUGUUAUAAUUUAGCAGAUACUACCACCAUGAGACCACAAACAUGGCAACAGCUUUCUUUAUGAUAGUCCUACAGAGCAUUUAAUCCCUUGCAUAUGAUGUACACGUAGGACCAUAUAGGUUCUUAAUCAUUCUCAAAGUGUUGUGAAUGCUCCAACUGCUUGAUAUCAGAGGCCCAAUUUGUCCUUUGAUUUGAAGGCAAGCAGGAAGAUUGAAAGUCAAUAAUACCUUCUGACAUUGAUGAUAGAUGCCUUACAGAAGGUCACUUGUGCAUUGCCUUGAUGUUUGUCUUGUUCUACUUGGGCCAUCAGGGUUCUGAAACACAUCAAUUAUUAAUGAUCUCAUGAUUUUCCCUUGAUAUAAAUCCUAUAUCCAUUUUUUAAUAAAAAUUCCGGGAGUGUGAACACCCACUGAACAAAUGUAUCACUUCUCUUUGAAAAUAUGGAUAUUGUUGACUCAUUUUAAUCAAGU